AUGGUGAAUACGGGAGCAUUUAAAGCCGAUAAUGGCUUUAAAUCGGGUUAUUUAACAUUUCUUGAACAAUCGUUAAAAGAAUCUCUGCCAGGCACCGGGAUUUUAGGGAAACCACACAUCGAAUCAAAGUUAAAAAUAAUGAAGAAAGAUUGGACUAUUGUGCAUGACAUGAUUAAUGGUUCAUAUACUAGUGGCUUCGGAUACGAUAGUGUGAAGCAUUGUGUCGUUGCGGAAGACCAAGUUUGGGAGUCGUAUCUUCAGGUCCAUAAAGGGGCGGGAAAAUGGAAGAACAAAACAAAUCCUUUUUAUGAGGAUCUUUGUAUUGUAUUCGGAAAAGAUCGUGCCACAGGAAAUAGAGCAAGAGAUUUUGUUGAGGCGGAACAAGAGGCGCGUACAGAAGAUCAAACACAAAACCUGAAUGACGAGUCUAAUGACGUAAUUGCAACUAGCAAUGUUCAAGGUGGGAAUGCAAAUAUGCAAUCUGAAGAAACUUCAACUGUGCGUCGUAAGAAGAGAAAACGUCAAGUAGAUCCCAUGGUUGACAGAUUUAGUAAUGCGGUUACUAAACUUGGAGAAACUUUGGAGAAAAUGGCGAACAAACUUAGCAGGGAAAACAAUGGGGUUUCCACCGGGCCGAGUGGGGUGGAGAGGGGACAACGGGGGCACAAUAUGCAGGGUGGUGAUGGUGGUGGUGUUGAGAGCGAAUAG